GUCAUGUCUCUACCAAUCCUCCUCUUCUCCAUCAUCUACCUGUACCUAACAGGGUCCAUAUUCUUCGAUAUAGCCCACUACCUCCUGCACCAAUGGAGCACCUCGCAAUGGAAACUCCUCCGAGCCCUCUCCCACUGCCACCAAUACCACCACCUCUACUACAACCGCUCCCUGAACUUCAACGCCCGCUACCGCCUCCAAAACGCCUGGAUCGCCCUCCCCCUCGAAAUGGCCUGCCAGAUCCUCGGCAGCAUCCUCGGCAGGGUCCUCAUCCAGGGGUUCCUAGCGGACAACACCCUCGACAAUAAACCCCUCUACCUCAUCACCAUCAUCCAGAUCAUCCGCACCCUCGUCGUCAUCGCCAUGAGCGGCCAUGACUCGAACCACAUCGCCUACGACACCGUGCCCAAAGACCCGCACGCCGUCCUCGUAGGCCCCCAAUUCCACGCCCUCCACCACGUCCACCCAGACCGGUACAUGAGCUCGAUGGUGAAGCUCUUCGACUGGAUCGCCGGCACAGCAUACUUCCUACGCAACAAGCGCGUCGUGAUCACAGGCGGCUCGGGGGCGUUUGGACAAGCGAUCGAGGCCAGACUGCACGGGGAGGGGGUGCACAGUGUACAAAAGCUGCGAUACGGACGGGACUGGACACAUGGCGACUUCUCUCGAACCACACCCAUGCUCGAGCAGGCGGAUAUUCUGGUCCUUGCGCACGGCAGCAAGGGCGCUGACGCUAUGGUUGCGAACUGCACAUCCAGCAUGCAUAUCGCUCGACGGUUCAUAGACUUGAAGACGAAGGCAGCGGGAGAGCGGAAGACACUCACGCUCCCGGAAAUAUGGUACGUGGGCAGUGAGAUCGAGGUGCACCCAGCGUGGGGGAUACCGAGUCUGCAGCGCUAUUCUGCCUCGAAGCGGGCGUUUGUGCCGUUUGCGCGGGCGCUAUAUGACGACCCGCGCGUGGUGUAUCGACAUAUCGUCCCUGCGGCGUUUGAGUCUAAGAUGGGGAGGGCGAUUGUGUCGCCGGAGUGGGCGGCUGGCGUGGCGAUGUGGUGGAUUCGGAGGGGAGCGAUGUAUGUUCCGGUGACGUAUACGGGGUUGGCGUUUUUGAAUUUUUUCAAGUUUUUGUAUUGUGUUCGUCCGAGUUGGGACGGGGGAGAUGAAAAGGAGAGAUUGGGGGAUGCGUUUGAGGAGCGCUCUUGA